GUUUGUUAUUGCGCAUGUCAUACUCAGUGUUAACCGCUUUCAAAGUAGAGAAGUAGUGUUGGUAAAUUCUAAUAUAAUAAAUUAAGCAAUAAUUAGAAAAAUGCGUGAAAUUGUUCAUUUACAAGCUGGUCAAUGCGGAAACCAGAUAGGCGCCAAGGUAAUAAAGGAAUUACUUUUCUCUGAUCAAAAAUGCGUUCGUUUUAACCAGUUAUCAUAGGCUGUAGGCAUAGCCUAGUACUAGUAAAUACUAAAUGCGCAGAACGGUUGACGAGUAUGCGAGUCAUUGAGUUCAGUAGGUAAAUUAUCGUUUCAGCAAAUAAUUAUUACCAAUACAUUUCAUUUCAAGAUGCCAGGUUCAACUUUGGUGCUUAGCUGUACACUGUACUAUGUCAGUUACUAAGAAAACAGAAACAUUUCGGGUUAUCACUUCUUUUAAUAUGAGACUAAAACUAAAGUAAGACUAUAGGCCUAGUCUAGUAAAUACGCAGUACGUGAGACGUGAGUCAUUGAUUUUGAUUGAGUUCAGUAGGUAAAUUAUCGUUUCACCAAAUAAUUAUUAGGCUAAACAAUAAAUUUCAAGAUGCCAAGUUCAACUUUGUGGUGCGUAUCUGCACUAUGUCAGUUACAAAGAAAACGGUACAAUUUCGGGUUAUCACUUCUUUUAAAUAUUAAAAUAAUAAUAUUAAUAUCAAUGAUUCUCACACUCAAAUGACAGCUUGGGGGACGGUGCGCAAUUGAGCAGUUGAUGAUUUUUAUUUUGAAGAAAAAAAAGGCUUGAAAGAAAAUCUCUAAGUCUGCAGCACUGCAGCUAAAUUAUUGGCAGAAAGUUGCACCAGGGCAAGACUUGAAUCAAGCAACUCUCAAUCUGUGUUAUAAGUUAGUUAUAUCUAUUAAUUUAAAUGAAAAAGACAAUAAUUGCCAAAUCAUGUUGGCAAUUGUUUGCAAAAUUAUUCAAGACACCUUUGUCACAAGUUAUUUUUGAAAUGUAAAAAUUAAUCAAUAAUUAAUUUACUUACAUUUUCGCAUUUAAAUUAGCCUAAUGUUUGAAUAGAGUCACCAAGUGAUUAUCAGAAUGUAAAAAUUAAUUCCUACCUAGGUCCAGGAGGUUCUUAAAGAAUAGUUACAAUCACAUCCGCAAUCUCCUGAAGAAUAAUCACCUAAAGUAAGCCUAAAGGCAUUCAACAAUAGGCCCCUUAGUCUUAGCCUUAGGCCUAUACUAUAUAACUUUUUGCAAUGGCAAGUGUUCUCAAAAGAGCCAUUUCAUGUUUUAGCAUUUCCUUCAAAACAAUAUCUACAACUAACCAGACUCCUUAGCAUGCAAAUGGCAUGGCCACCACUGUGUGGCACUUAGGAUUUAUAAUAUCAAUCAUUCAGUGUCACUGUUAAGGCUGUUAAGAUGGCUCACAUUCAGGAGUAGAUACCUGCAGCAUUAAUUUAUAUGCCAGUAAUUUUAGGCCUAUACUAUAAGACACUUUGAGAUGGAAAAGUGAUGUAAAAUAAAUAAUCAUUACUAACUUGAUGAUUCUUCUAGAGUGGGAAACACUCUAGUCUAGAGUGUUUCCCAACCAUAUUUGCCCCAUGUUUGUCUCUUCACACCAACACACACACUCACACCCCAUUAGAAGAGCUUUUUAAAAAUAUAUUGGUUUCCUUGCAACCUUCAGACUUCAGGGUAAAUGGAAUUAUAAUUUUCACUUCCUGCGCCUUGAGCCUUGAGAUUCAAGUUGUAAGAUAAAAAAAAAAUAUAGACUAAUUUACAAUAUAUGUGAAAUAUAAUUGUAUUGAAUUUAAAUACAUAUGGUGGUGAACAAAAAAAUUGGGCUAACUUAAAAAGAAGUGACUUGUCUAACAUUGCCCACUAUUUCACCAACAUUGGGAAAUACUGGUAGGCUAUGCUGCUAUACUAUACUAUAUAAUCAAGCCCAGUGAUGAUUGCCAUCACAUAGCAACGGGAGGCCCUGGGCAAAGUAAUGCACUGAGCCCCUUGGCAUUGCCCAGGUAGGCCCAUUCGUUAAGCGGUACUACUAAUGGAGCACUGGCCCAUAUCUAAAUUUUUGGCGGUUGCCAUGUUGAUUUGUUGAAUUGACUAAACAAGUAAACAAUAUAUUUACAAUAAAUAAAAAUGAUGUAAAUAUUUUAAUUUCUAUAAAUAAAUGUAUUAUAAUUUAAUUAUAUUUAUGAUAAUGAUUAUCAGUAAUAGUCCUUACCCGGUACUAAUUUGUUCAAAACCAAUAUGAGAAAUGGGGGAAAAUGUAAACUGUUUGAUAAAAUUAUUUUUAUUCUUCUAUUAUUUCUGUUUGAACAAAUUGGCUUUGUGCUAAUUUCCAGAAGCAAUUUAUGCUAGAUACAUUGUCUCAUUAAAACAUUUAUCAUCCAACACUUAAUCAUCAUAUUUAACAUUAUAAUUAAAAAUUUAUAAAUAAUUUUCAGUUCUGGGAAGUUAUUUCUGAUGAGCAUGGGAUUGAUCCAACUGGCACUUACCAUGGUGAUAGUGAUCUACAGCUUGAGAGAAUAAAUGUCUAUUAUAAUGAAGCUUCAGGUUAGUCCAAUAAUUGUCGUACAAUGCUACAUUUAUCUUUUUUUUUUUUCUACCCUACAAUUUGAUUUUGAAGAUACUUAAGUUAUCUCUUGUUUAUAUUAAUAUUAUAGAAAAAGUUGAAUGUUAUUAUUUUUUAGGAAAAUUUUUAUUUUUUGGAGGGUUUUUUUUGUUUUGUUUAGGGUUCAUUAAUUUAUAUUUAUUUAAUAUUUAGAGGCAACAAGUAGUACAUUAUGACAAUUAAAAAAACAACUUUCUUUAUGUCAGCUCAUGUUAAAUUAUUACAAUUAUAUUUUGACAGGUGGUAAAUAUGUCCCAAGAGCUGUGUUGGUGGAUCUUGAACCUGGUACUAUGGACAGUGUCCGUUCAGGUCCCUUUGGUCAACUAUUUCGGCCAGACAAUUUUGUGUUUGGUCAAUCAGGUGCAGGUAACAAUUGGGCAAAAGGUCACUACACAGAAGGUGCUGAGCUGGUGGAUUCAGUCUUAGAUGUUGUCCGUAAAGAAGCUGAAGGGUGUGACUGCUUACAAGGUAAGAAUGAGAUUUUUAAAAAAACUUAAGCAUUUAUUUCUCUGAUUUAUGUUCAAACAAUUGUUCAUUAUAUAAUUUAUCUCUAACUUGCUUUGAUCUUAAAUUUUGCACUACUUAGGGUUUCAGCUCACUCACUCACUUGGCGGUGGAACUGGUUCGGGAAUGGGGACCCUACUUAUUAGCAAGAUUCGUGAGGAGUAUCCUGAUAGAAUCAUGGUCACCUUCUCUGUUGUACCAUCUCCUAAAGUAAGUCAUUGUUUGCAAUUAAACACCACUGCAUGCGGUUAGAACAGGGGUGGGAAAACGGCGGCCCGGCAACUGAUUAUUAAGUGGCCCUCUAAGGCAUUUUCAGUAUAAAAAACAAUUUUGGUUUUAAUUCUAUAUCUAUAGUAAAAAAAAAAAAAAAAAAAAAAAUAUUUUUUUGAAAUAAAUUGUAGUUUUUUUUUUUUUUUUUUUUUUUUUUUAUUUUAUUUUUUUUUUUAACUGAUUAUUAAGUGGCCCUCUAAGGCAUUUUCAGUAUAAAAAACAAUUUUGGUUUUAAUUCUAUAUCUAUAGUAAAAAAAAAAAAAAAAAAAAAGUAUCUUUUCGCAGUAAAUUGUAGCUUGUGUCAACUCUUUAGCUUGCUAAACCUCCAACUUUAUCUGCGCACAAGAUCACAGAGAUUUGUUUCUUGGUUUUUAAGUGAAGCUUCUGGAUGCUAAAGAUCAAAUUUGAACAGGAAUUUAGUGUAAAAUAGACAUUGCCUAUUAAACAGUUUUUUUUUUACUCAAUUUAAUAUGGUUAACUUGCAGUUACAAUCUGAUAGUCUAAAUUUGAUUAAAACAAAGUCCAAUAUUUCAGCGUUUCUUGCCAGAAUUAAGCAAAUGAAGCAAAACACUGGGCGGUAAGAAUUUUCCCAGUUCCCCAAUUUGUCACAAACUGCUAGGAAGACGACAUUUCAACCUACGUUUAACAUUUAAAUGGCUUCUAUUCAGAUUUUGAAACUAGGUUUGAGGAUGUUUUGACUUAACUAGACAUUAUUAACCCAGGAUAUUUGAAAUUAAACCUAACUAAAUUGAUGCCAAAUGUUGAAAAUUUAUUCUUAAAACAGGUUCAUCCCUCACACUAAAAGCAUUUAUUUUUUGCUUAGUUAUUUUAUGUAGAAGAAAGUUAAUUUUAAUUUGGUUCAUUUUAAUUUGAAUUUAAUUUAUAAAUGUAUAAAACUUAACAUCUUUUUUAUUAAAGUUUUUCACACUACACUUCAUUACUGUUAUAAAUUUAAAUCUUUCAAAGGGAGUAGUACUAUACCGACUGUCAAAAAUACAGUUGAAGUUAAUGAAUUUGCAAAAAAUCAAUAUCGUUUAAUAUCAGGUAAGCAUGGGGUCUACCCAAAACCAAAAAAACAUGGCAAGUGGUCUAUGAGACAACCGUUUGGGAACCUCUGAAUUUAGACAGUACCUAUUACAAUAAUAAGUUAAGGAACAUCCAUAUAGUCAUACAUGCUAUUACAAAAGAUGUUACAGUGGCUAUUAUUCAAGGGGUAAAAAUAACAUUUUGAAACAAUUUUAAUACCCAGGUAUCGGAUACAGUGGUGGAACCAUACAACGCUACUCUGUCAGUUCACCAGCUGGUGGAAAACACAGAUGAAACCUACUGUAUUGACAAUGAAGCACUUUAUGACAUAUGCUUUAGAACUCUAAAGCUGACAACACCAACCUAUGGAGAUCUUAAUCACUUGGUCAGUGCAACCAUGUCAGGAGUUACAACUUGUCUCAGAUUUCCAGGACAGUUAAAUGCAGACUUAAGAAAAUUGGCAGUCAAUAUGGUACCGUUCCCUCGUCUUCACUUCUUCAUGCCUGGGUUUGCACCUCUUACCUCUCGAGGUAGCCAGCAGUACAGGUAAAGAAUGGGUUAUAUAUUCCAAUAUAUACAAUUCUAAAUAAUUUCCACUUAAUUAUUUUCAGUCAAAGCGUGUGCAAAAAUGAACAUAAUUUAAUAAUAUUCUCAAGUAUAUGUUGUUUUUAUUACAUUACAAGGUAUAAUAAUAAUCUACAUUUUCUGGGAAUAUAUUUCAUUUAUAUUCAGAGAAAUUACGAUUGUUGAAUAAGACUACUAAACCCAAAUUAGGUAAAAUUUAUGAUUCUUUUCUAUCAUAUAAUUAUAAUAAAAUGGUAACUUUUAAAAUAUCUGUUCAUUUUUGUUUUUAGGGCCCUCACUGUGCCUGAGCUCACCCAACAGAUGUUCGAUGCUAAGAAUAUGAUGGCUGCCUGUGACCCACGACAUGGACGCUACCUUACUGUUGCAGCAAUAUUCCGUGGUCGUAUGUCCAUGAAGGAGGUAGAUGAGCAAAUGCUCAAUGUCCAAAAUAAAAACUCAUCCUACUUUGUAGAAUGGAUUCCAAACAAUGUGAAGACUGCUGUCUGUGACAUCCCUCCACGAGGCCUCAAGGUAUAGCCUUUUUGGAUAGUUCAUAAAAUUUUUCUCUGAGUAAACUUCCUAAUUUAUCAGACUAAAUUAUAAAUGAUAUUUUAUCUUGCCUUGCUUUAAGAAAAUAUUGCCUUUUAACUGUGAAAUGCUCGGCCCAAAAAGGUAAUAGUUUAAAUUUGGGGUUGGAUAUUGAAAUAGAUUUGUAAAAAUCUGAAAUAUUUUAACAUUACUUGUACAGGUAUUUUGAAUUGUCGAUUACUGUAUUUUCAUCGCUUUUAUCACAGAUGUCAGCAACUUUUAUUGGUAACAGUACUGCAAUACAAGAACUAUUCAAGCGCAUUUCAGAACAAUUUACUGGUAAGUUCCUGAAAGCUUUUUAUAUUGAGUACACCUUGUCCUAAAAUAAAAGAAUAACUUUGGUGAUAAUUGCACUUGCAUAUUAUGUUAUACUUAAAUUAUAAUAUGGAUAAUUUGGUAAUUUCAUAGUCUGAGUAACAAGCUCAGAUGGCUUUUUGCCUACAAAGAGGAUAUGCAAUGUUUUUUGAAGUGCAAAUGAUGUGCACUGCUAUCAAAUAGAGGAUGUUAAUUACUGACCAAUUAUUGGUUUUGAAAAUAUUAGUUCGUUUUUUACUGAAUGAUAAUAUAAGAGAAAUUAUAAACAGUCAAUCAUUAAUUUCAGCUACAACGCAAAUAAUUUUAAAUUAAAAUAUAUGCCUAUUAACAUUGAUAAUAUGGAGUUAGAGGCACUCAUUUAUAUGCAUUAUUUUUUCAGCUAUGUUCCGCCGCAAAGCUUUUCUUCACUGGUAUACUGGGGAAGGUAUGGAUGAAAUGGAAUUCACAGAAGCAGAAUCAAAUAUGAAUGAUUUGAUCUCUGAAUACCAACAAUAUCAAGAUGCUACAGCAGAAGAUGAAGGAGAAUUUGAAGAUGGAGAAGAAGAGGAAGGACAGCUGAACUAAUAAAUUGGCUGUUUCAUUUUACUGUAAUUGCUUUUAGUAAAAGUACUUAUUAAAAUAUAACAAAUUUGAAUCUCAUUUUUAAUGGAAUUUUUUAUAUUAGAUUAGCUUUACAACAUAUUUAACAUAUUUAAGCAAAGAUUCUUCUUCUUUUGAAUAUGAAUUCUUAACAGUUGCCAUGGGUCUUACACAAGAAUGAAGCAGCGGCGUCCCCAAAGAAAAAUAUUUAGUAUGUAGACAUAAUUUGAGGAUAGUGAAUCAUGUGUACUACCAGCAGGAAAUAUUUAUUUAUUUAGGCAUUUUUAUAUAGCGCUUACCUUAAAGCUCUAAGCGCUUUAAAAUUACUGAAAACAUGUAAGCUAAGUAAAAUAAAAAUGAGACACUAGGAUAGUAACUAUUACUAUACUAUAGAAACAAUUAAAAUGGCUAUAAUACGAGGACACUUUGGCAUGAUUUGGCCUAUACUACAGGAUCAACCUGAGACAGAAAAUAUAUUAAGAGCAGUUUAUUUGGAAAUGAUUUCCUUUAAAUAUUUAAGAUAACGAAAAUUGAUUUUAGUUCCCUGUAAAUAUUUUUAUAUUCUUGAAAUCAAUUUUUUAAACUAAAAAUUUUUUUUAGUAAAAAUGACGCAGAGUGAUGUACUUUUUAAAAUAUUUUUUUUCUGGAUGAAGCAUUUUUUGCUCUAUUUUCCAGAUUAUUCCAAUUUUGUAAUAAAAUUUUUUGAACAAAAAUU